AUGUAUCCCGGGUCUCUUUUUCCUCUACUCGCGGUACUUGCCGUUGCCACAGAAGCGAUUGGUUCAACACCGAGAUGCAAAUGCAUUCCCGGCCAAUCCUGCUGGCCCUCUCCUUCAGAAUGGAAAGCUUUCAACAACAAGAUUGGCGGCAGUCUUAUCAAGACUGAGCCAAUCGCGCAGUCAUGCUACCCCGGUCCAGAGGAGGAUCUGAAGCAAUGCGCGUACGUGAACAAAAUGUGGUCGGAUCAGGAUUUCCAGUCAUCGAAUCCUAUCGGGAGACCUUAUCCGUACAACAUCACCUGCGCACCGGUGGAUUACACUGCUGGGCAAGAGCCUACGACCUGCAGUCUCGGUUCUUUACCUGUUUACGCUGUUAAUGCUACUACUCUGUCACAAAUCCGAAGUACAAUUGCGUAUGCACGUGAGCGGAAUAUUAGACUUGUUGUUACUGGAACAGGCCAUGAUCUUCUUGGUCGCUCUGAUGGGUUCGGCGGUCUUGAGCUCUGGCUUCAUCAGUUCAAAAACGGCAUUAACUUUCAGAAGACUUACAAAUCCGAGAACCAGUGCAAAAGGUCUAGCUGGAAGGGCAGUGCUAUCAAGAUUGAUGGGAACUACCAAUGGCGCGAUGUGUACAAGGUAGCUGAGGCGAACAAUGUCAUCGCAGUUGGCGGUGGCUCUAUCACGCCUGGAGCGAUCGGCGGGUGGGCUUCUGGUGGUGGCCAUGGACCUGCGACGAGGAACUAUGGUCUCGGCGCUGAUCAGAUUCUGGAAGCAGAAGUGAUGCUAGCUGAUGGAAGAGUUGUCAUCGCUAAUCACUGUGAGAACACCGAUCUCUUCCGUUCAAUGCGUGGCGGAGGUCCUGGCUAUGGUAUCACUUUGAGCAGUACCAUCAAGGUUCAUCCCAAUGUCAAGGUUGUCACGGCUCACCACUUGCAGAUCGCACCACUGGAGAAGACAGAGAAGAAUGCAGAUCUACUCGACGCUGUGUCCGCUCUGCUGCAGUCGCUACCUGAUCUCAACGACGCUGGCUUUGCUGGCUACGGUUACUGGUUCCGAAACUUUCCCACCGUUUUUGUUGGGAACGCUACAUCUGGCUAUUCACACGGUGUCUGGACAAUCGGCAAGGGCCGUCGAGAGGCUGAGGCGGCCUGGGCUCCAGUGCGAAAGGCCUUGUCGAAGUUUAAAGACAAGCUCUACAUUAACGAGAGCUGGGCUACGUACGACGACUACUGGUCAUUCUACCACGCUGAAUCAGGGUUAUACGACCCGACCGGCGACACCUCUGUCUUGACCUCAAGGCUCAUUGACCGUCAAAGCGUGAAGAGUUUCGACAAAGUCAGAGAUGCCGUCGAAGUCAUGAGCGGCAAACCUGAUGAGUUUGGCACAAGUGUCAUUCUGCUCACCUCGGGUGGUCAAGUUUUCAAAGACGCUUCAGACAAGACAAGUGGCCUACACCCCGCCUGGCGAAAAUCACACUACGUUCUCAUCUCAGGCACGGGUAUUUCUCGUACCGGAAACACUGCUGAGCGCAAAGCGGCGAAUGACGACGUCACGUUCGUUAAGGGCGCUGCAGCGAAGAAGUUGGCUCCCAACACUGGCGGUUACAUGAAUGAAGGUGAUCGCAAUGAUCCUGACUGGAAGAAGUCGUUCUAUGGUAGCUUGUAUGGUGAGCACCUUAAGACGAAGAGGAAGUAUGAUCCUUCUCAUAUUUUCUACUGUCCUACUUGUGUUGGGUCUGAGGAGUGGGUUGAGAGGCCGGAUGGACCUUUAUGUAGGAUAUAG